AUGCUGAGGCUGUGGUGCAUGUACCUUUGCAGAGAAUUCCGCACCAUUUGGAUUUCUAUGGAAGCGAUACUGCACAUUCCACGCGCGCGAAAGACUGAUUUCAGCAGCGGGCGCUUUGCCGCCAUAUCCUACUUCCGACUCGCGGCCUACCUCAUACUACGCCUGUAUCGCACCGCGAUCACGGGCUGCCUCCUCUGGGCUGGUCAGCAGUGGCUUGCAAAUACUAAGAGUAUCACGGACCUUAUCUUGAACGCCUCGGCUCUGGGUACUAUCCUGGAGAUUGACGAGUUGGUCUUCGCGUCGCUGCUGCCGAAGAAGAUCCAG